CCAUUUACACCGAAAAAGGAAGUCAUUUAUGCACCCAGUGUACAAGAAUUGUCUGCUACGUUGAAUUUGUUGUAUCAAAACAUCGCGAGGAGUUUAUUACAAUUUGAGAAUGGCAAACGCAGAUAUGGAUAUAAACGAGAGCAACGGAGACUCGGACUGCACGACUGACAAUGACACGAAAAAUGAAUCGAGUCAGAAAGAAGGUAUUCAGGAGAAAGAAAAGAUCCUGAAACCCGGCAAGAAGGUUAAGAGAGGUAUCGUAUAUCUGUCCACGAUCCCGAAAUACAUGAACGUCUCGAUGAUACGAGAGAUAUUUGCGGAGUAUGGAAAACUGGGCAGAGUGUAUUUGCAGUUAGCGGAAAAUGAAGCGGAUUCGGUUAAACACAAGAGAAAGUGGAGAAACACAGCCUGCAAACACUUUACCGAAGGCUGGGUGGAAUUUGAGAAAAAGAGAGUGGCCAAAUUCGUGGCGGCCACGUUAAAUAAUACGCAAAUAUCGUCGCAAAAGAAAAGCAAGUUCUAUGAUAUUAUGUGGAAUAUAAAGUAUCUGCCAAAAUUUAAAUGGUUCCACUUGGACGAACGUUUGGCGCAUGAACGCGCGGUUCGCAAGCAACGACUUCUAACGGAGGUAGCACAAGCCAAGAGGGAGAGCAACUACUUCUCUUACAACGUAGACAGGAGUAAAAAAUUGCGUAGGAAACAAGAGCAGGGAGGAGAAGAAACGACAUUCAAGUUGCCUGAAGUGAGACAGAGGGAUACCGACGGCGAGAUCAGAAGCAGAAAAGCGGAAUCACGUGUAGAAGACAGGACGGAGUUCUUGAAAUCGAUAUUCGGGUAAAAUUUAAUAAAAUUAUAUGAUAUUUAUUGUAUUAUGUAAUAUUACAGUAAUUCACUCGGAGCACUUUGGUGCAUAAAGUAGUCUUAAGUGAUUUUAUAAGAUGAUUUUGUACAUAUUAAAAGUUUAAAGCGUUACGGA